AUGGAUAUUGUAAAAUUUUCAAAGGGAGUACAAAUUCAGGCUAGAAAUAAUAGAGGAACAAGAUACUUAAAUUACAAAUUAUUGAUAAGGAAGAUUAGGUGGGUUGCUGAACAAGAGGAGAAAGAGAAUUGGUCUGAAGCUCAAAGAUAUGAUUUGAUAUUUAAGGAUAUACUCUUUAGAGAUAUGAAUCGAAUGGAUACAAUGUACUCUAGAGAUAUUACAUAUAUACGUGAUAUUAUGUGUAUUCUAACACGUAGUUUAUGGAGUCUAUCUUGUUCCAAUUCAGAAAAAAAUGGACUGAAUAUGAGUGAAUUUAAUGAAGUUACUCAGCUACCUGUAGUAUUUUUGUCAAAUUUAUUAGCCUUUUUAAAUCCCUAUAUUGAUUACAACAACAAAUUGCAGGAAAGAAAAGUUAUGGAAUGGCUUUACAAUCUCUUAGAAUGCUAUGGGAAGUUAAUUAGAUUAAGGUCAUAUAUAAUAUGGAAUAGUAUAGCUGUAAUAAAAGUUUUAAAGAAGCGUCAUGCAAAGAUAUCUCCGAAAAGACGUGCAGUAAAUCCUUUAGAUUGUUAUGCAUUAUUAAGUAGUCAUGAAUUUUAUAAUGGAAAAACUUUAGGUUAUUUGAAUGAUAUGAUUCGAGAUUUGGUUAUCAAAGUAUUUAAAGUUGACUUAACAACUGAAACUUGUCGCAAAUGUUUCAAGACUACGAGUGAGCCAAUAAAAACUAUUUGUAAUCACAUAGUUUGUUGGAAAUGUGUGAUUAAUAUUGGAGAAAUAUCUUAUCCUAAAAUUAAAAACUUAUAUUACCAACCUAUGGAGUUUCAUAACAUGAUUAAUAAUCAAAUAAUCUAUUACAAACCAUUCAAAAAUUGUCCUGUGUGUUUUACUUCUUGGAAUAGAAAUCCAGAAAGUAUUCAAGUUGAAAAUAAGUUAAUUAGAUUAUGUAUUGACUUCUUUAACAGAACAGAGAGGCUACCAAAUAUCCCAGAAAUAGAUACUGUAGUACAAGCAGCUGUAAGUAAUGUUGGCUAUAUUUCAUCUGAUGAAGAGACAGAUAAAGAAACUUCAGGUUUAUAUAAUAUAUCACCAUUAAGUCAUGUGACUACAAGUACAGUUGGGAGUAAUGGUGACAGUUCGAGAAGCAGUACAAGGAGUUCAAGUUCAUUUACUUCGCAAUUCAGUCAAAAAUUAGGUUUUGAUAGGAAAUCAAUUAUUGAACAAAUUGAUCGACAAAGUGUAUUUGUGGACAACUCUGAUUGGACUACUAUAUCAAAUACUCAUAUUAUAUUAAAUAAUGGUACAAUAAAUACUAGACAAACUUUGUAUUAUGAUAAAAGUGGUGGAUCACCAUAUACAACAAGUAGUGUCACUUCCUCAAAUAGUAACAAGAGUCUCAAGGAUACAAAUAAUUAUGAACAUAACUUGAGUGGUGAGGGGUAUGGAGGAACUACUGAUAAUAAAGUGUUGAACCUAGAUUCAGCAAUAAAAUCUGAUAUGUGGUCAUGGAAUCCAGCACAUUAUGUACCAUCUUGGUAUACUGAUAGUAGUAGUAUUGGUAUAUCUUCACAAAAAUUUCCCAUUAAAGAAGAAAGUGAGACUAAUAUUUGGUGUUUUGAGAAAAAUAGAACUAAUAAUUAUCAAAGAACAACCUUAUUAAAUAACAGUGUUUGUAUUAAUGAACUAUCCUAUAGUACAAAAUCUAAUCUUACUCCCACCAAUUUAGAAAAAAGUGAUAAUUUGUGGAAUUUUAUUGAGUGGCAAAGUACUGAAAAUAAGAAAGCAAAUAGUUACAAUAAUAGCAACAUUAAUGUUAAUUCAUGUUCGUCUAUUUCUAAUUGGACCCCAUUUAACAAUAGCAACAGUUUAUAUGAUUUAACAACUAGUACCUACAAAACUAGUGAUGAGACAAAUCUUGAACCUUCCAAACUUUUGGAUUUGUUUCAAGAUUUAGGAGUUUAA